ACAACUCGCUCCACUCUGGACUCAUGCUUUCCAGAGCUUGCGGAGCUCUCUGGUCAGUCACUCAAGUCCAAUGUGACUGGAUGGAUGAGAAGCUUGACGUAUGUUAUCUUUGCCCAUUUGUCCAUGAUAUCAUUGCUCGGUAACCUUUGUCGACAGAACAAGAAGAUGCAGUCGGAGAGAUGCGGUGUCACCCGAGGCAGGAACACUAAACUCUCACCAAAUCAGGUUGUUCGAGUCAGAUGGGGCUGUGCUGAACCAGGGCAGCGUUUAAAUGGGGUUUAAUAACCAGCAAUAACCCCUGAAUGGGCCCAGGUCGGUUAUAUGUAAAUGAUCCAACGAAAAACAAGCUGAGGAAAAC